ACUGAAGGAGCGUACGCGUUCACGAGUGCGUCGCGCGGUCACGCUGUAGUGCUGCUGCUGUCACGAGCUUGAUCCAGACAGCGGGGCCGAAUAAAAACCUGCAAAAAUGCCGGCUGUGUCGAAAGGAGAUGGAAUGCGCGGAUUAGCGGUUUUCAUUUCGGACAUAAGGAAUUGUAAAAGCAAGGAAGCUGAAAUCAAGCGGAUCAAUAAAGAGCUGGCUAACAUUCGCUCCAAAUUUAAAGGAGACAAAGCUCUUGAUGGCUACAGCAAGAAGAAAUAUGUCUGUAAGCUGCUCUUUAUCUUUCUGCUCGGCCACGACAUCGACUUUGGGCACAUGGAGGCCGUCAACCUGCUGAGUUCCAAUAAGUACACGGAAAAGCAGAUUGGCUACCUGUUCAUCUCAGUUCUGGUCAACAGCAACAGUGAACUCAUCCGUCUGAUUAACAAUGCCAUCAAAAACGACCUGUGCAGCCGCAACCCCACUUUCAUGUGCCUGGCACUUCACUGCAUUGCCAACGUGGGCAGUCGCGAGAUGGCCGAGGCCUUUGCUAGUGAAAUCCCCCGCAUCUUGGUCGCUGGCGAUACGAUGGACAGUGUGAAGCAAUCUGCCGCCCUGUGUCUUCUGCGGCUCUAUAAAACUUCCCCGGACUUGGUGCUGAUGGGAGAAUGGACAUCCCGCGUGGUGCACCUUCUUAAUGACCAACACAUGGGUGUGGUGACAGCAGCUAUUUCUCUCAUCACCUGUUUGAGCCAGAAGAAUCCAGAUGAGUUUAAGACCUGUGUUUCCCUGGCAGUGUCACGACUCAGCAGGAUUGUCUCCUCAGCCUCCACCGACCUGCAAGAUUACACCUACUACUUUGUCCCGGCGCCGUGGCUGUCUUGUAAGCUGCUGCGCUUGCUGCAGUGCUACCCCCCACCAGAAGAUGGCGCUGUGAAGGGUCGUCUGGUGGAGUGUUUGGAAACCAUCCUCAACAAGGCUCAGGAGCCACCCAAGUCAAAGAAAGUCCAGCAUUCUAAUGCCAAGAAUGCUAUCCUCUUUGAGGCAAUUUCCCUCAUCAUCCACUAUGACAGUGAGCCGAAUCUGCUGGUGCGAGCCUGCAACCAGCUGGGUCAGUUCCUGCAGCACCGAGAGACUAACCUGCGCUACCUGGCUCUGGAAAGCAUGUGUACGUUGGCCAGCUCCGAGUUUUCCCAUGAAGCGGUCAAGACGCACAUUGAGACCGUCAUCAAUGCGCUCAAGACUGAGCGGGAUGUGAGUGUUCGACAAAGGGCGGCAGAUCUGCUGUACGCCAUGUGUGAUCGCAGCAAUGCCAAGCAGAUUGUAGCUGAGAUGCUCAGCUACCUUGAGACGGCUGAUUACUCCAUCAGGGAGGAAAUGGUCCUCAAAGUAGCUAUCCUGGCCGAAAAGUACGCUGUCGAUUACUCCUGGUACGUCGACACCAUUCUCAACCUCAUUCGCAUCGCUGGCGAUUAUGUCAGCGAGGAGGUAUGGUACCGUGUCAUCCAGAUUGUCAUCAAUCGUGAUGACGUGCAAGGCUACGCUGCCAAGACGGUCUUUGAGGCCUUGCAAGCACCUGCCUGUCAUGAGAACAUGGUGAAAGUUGGAGGCUACAUUCUUGGAGAGUUUGGUAAUCUCAUUGCUGGUGACCCCCGCUCCAGCCCCCUGGUCCAGUUCAACCUCCUUCACUCCAAGUUCCACCUGUGCUCCGUGCCGACUCGGGCCCUGCUGUUGUCUGCUUACAUCAAGUUCAUCAACUUGUUCCCAGAGACCAAGGCCACCAUUCAGGAGGUUCUUCGCUGCGAUAGCCAGAUUCGCAAUUCUGACGUCGAGCUGCAGCAGCGUGCUGUGGAGUAUUUGAAGCUCUCGUCUAUUGCCAGCACCGAUGUUUUGGCCACCGUUCUGGAAGAGAUGCCUCCGUUCCCUGAAAGGGAGUCUUCCAUUUUGGCAAAACUCAAGAAGAAAAAGGGGCCUGGUGCAGUGUCUGUGACGGACCUGGAGGACAGCAAGCGGGAGGGUGGGGAGCUGAACGGAGGCGGUGAGCGGGGUCCAGACACCUCGGCAAUGGCGGCCUCCAAUGCCUCCACCCCAUCACCAUCAGCAGACCUCCUCGGGAUUCGAGCCGGUCCUCCCGUUGGCGCCGCGCCAACCAGUGCCGGCAGCCUGUUGGUGGAUGUGUUCUCCGACGUCGGGCCCGCCGCACCCUCUGCUGCAGUUAAUGACGACGGCUUUCUAAGAGAUCUGGAACAGCCCACCGAGACCUCUGACGCCUUAUUGGUGGAGAGUUCUGGUGACUCGGACUCUGCUCCUCCCUCUGAGGAUCCCGUUCCCCUUCUGUCUGAGGCUGAUGAACUCCUUAACAAGUUUGUGUGCAAGAACAACGGUGUUUUGUUUGAGAAUCAGCUCCUACAGAUUGGCAUCAAGUCAGAAUAUCGUCAAAAUCUCGGGAGGAUGUACUUGUUUUACGGGAAUAAGACGUCGGUGCAAUUUGCCAGCUUCACCACCACAGUCAGCUGUCCUGGAGAGCUCCAGUCUCAGCUUAACGUUCAAACCAAACAAGUCGAACCGCUGGUAGAAGGAGGUGCCCAGAUCCAGCAGGUCCUCAACAUCGAGUGUCUGACCGACUUUUCCGAUGCUCCGUUGCUUAACAUCAAGUUCAGAUAUGGAGGAGCUCUGCAAAACUUGACUCUCAAGCUGCCCGUCACCAUCAACAAAUUCUUCCAGCCCACUGAAAUGUCCUCAAAUGAUUUCUUCCAGCGUUGGAAACAACUUAGCCAGCCUCAGCAAGAAGCACAAAAGAUUUUUAAGGCCAACCACAGCAUGGACACAGAAGUACUCAAGGCUAAGCUAUUGGGAUUAGGAGCGGCCCUGCUGGACAACGUCGAUCCAAAUCCAGAGAACUACGUGUCUGCUGGAGUGAUCCAGACCAAGGGUCAGCAAGUUGGCUGCCUCCUAAGACUGGAGCCCAAUGCCCAGGCACAGAUGUACCGACUGACCCUGCGCUGCAGCAAGGACUCUGUGUCGAGGCGUCUCUGCGAGUUGCUGGCCCAGCAGUUCUAGAAUAGCCAGAGUUCCAGAACUUUAUCAAGACCAGUACCCCCCCCCCCCCUUCCCCCACCAGCGAGCCCUCCCCCUCUCCUGCCACACUUCUCUUCCUCCUACCAACAAAGGUUCUUUAUUACGAAAAAAGAGGUGUAACCUACAUAAGGGAAAAAGCAGUCGCUGUUUUGGUGACCAUAUUAUUGUCAUGAUUCUAAUUCAAGUUCAUCUUCAAUUUGUUUAUUAACAUAACGCUACAUUAUCGUUUUUCUUUAUGGUGUUUACCUGUGUAGCUGCCGUGCGCGACCAGGAGCGUGUAAGUGCGUGUGUGUGCGUGCGAAUGUGUGUGUGUGUGUGUAUCCCACAGUGUGCUCUGCUUUCUCCUGGUUGCUCCGUAUUUCUGAUGCUAUCUGUACAGUGUGUGUGUGUGUUUGCGUGUGUGUGUUUGUCUUAUUUUUGAUCCAUUGGUAGAUCAUUCCUUGAAGUCAAACGAGAGGUAGUAUUGGUCCUACACAUCGCCCCAUUGUCUCCUGUCUUAGACACACACGCACACGCACGAAUGCACAAGUGGUUCCUUGUGGCCCCCUCGUCGGGCCCAAUAAUGAAGGGAGACCGGAAGGUCCAUCCAGCACUCUAAUUUCUAGCAUUCCCCAAUGAUCAUAGGCCAGUGAAAUUGCACUUAAAAGGCGUUUGGGAUCCUCCAGCACGAGUCCCCCUAGUGCGAAGAAUCGGAUUCUCUCUCGUGGGGCUCUGUAACGAGUAGCCCUUAUAUUUCAAUGACCUUGAUGAUUUGUUUGUUGGCGUGUGUGUAAAUAUGCGGCAGUGUGUUACUUGAUUGCUUUCCUCGACAUUCCCAUCGAGCAGUCGGCUUAGAUGAACGAGCCCAGGCUGCCCCUCCCCGGUAACAAAUGAUAGUGAAGUAAGGGUCGACGUUUUCAGAGUCCCAACAGUUAGGACUUCUCUGUCCAGGUGGAACUGCUCUGCGAUCCAACUUCAAGAUUGUUUUUGAAGGGAUGCCCAAUUGUCUUUUUCUUUUAUCGAACACAAUCACAAACCUUUGGAUAAUCUAUAAAAGCCAUCAGAUAAAGCAGUCCUUAACGACGCUCACCACGUGCUAAUUUUGACUUGAUGUACCGUUCCGAUGUAUAUCCAGAAUCUUCUCAUGAGCACUUUUUCAAUAAGCAGGGCCACUUUCCAAACAUUCAUAUUCACACAGUCAGCUUCGAUAUUCUUUCUUGGGCUUCCUCUUGCACAAAGCAGCAGUAGAAGAGUGCUAGAGUUGUCCGUCAUAACUAAAAGAGACUCUGUUUAUGUGAGAAAUUGAGUGAGACUGGAAGCAGGUAAGAAUAAAAAAAAAUCUUUGAGACAUUUCGGAGACAUUGGCACAUUACAAUCUGUGGCUGCACAGCAAUCACAAUACAGUGGAAAGCCGAGUUGUUUUUUUGUCAUCCUGUGUGAGUGUGUGUGUGUGUGUUUGUCUAUGCAGUAUCCACUAGCUAAUGCAGCCUCAUGUAUUGAUGUUAAAAAAAAGUCCAAUACCUGUGUUAGAAAUAAGAUUUACUCUGUAAUGAAAAAUGUGAAAGUAAAACUAUGCCAUAUAUCAGA